CAAGCCUAACUUAUCUCAGAUAUACACACAUAUAUAAAUACAUGCUGUUUUUUACGAUGCAUUAAAUUUAAGCUGCUCUAUAUUUGUUAAGUAUGAAGCGUGUGUCAUUAUUAAAUCAUGUGUGUUGAUUUUAAGGUAUUUAAUAACACGAACGCGUGUGAAAGCUCCUCCCCUGCCCGUUCAGACACAGGGCUGGAUAAUGUAGUAUUUGUGUUAUUAAUGGAGACUCAUUUUCAGAACAGUAAUAUUUACAUUUAGCUCUUUAUUGUAAGAUUUAUCUGGUAUUUCUCCUGUAGCCACGAGCAGCUGGAUACCGGAAGCACGACCCCUGCAAAAUAAAACAUGGGUGUCAGGGCAUCAUUGAUCCUCACGGUGUUCUUCAUCCUCCUGGACGUCAUCCUCACCACCGUCCUCUUCACACACGGCUCACACUGGAGCGUCUUUGCGGAGGAGGCGCUGAACUUUCACCUCCUGCGCUCGUCGUUGGACCUCUGGGGGUCCGUGCUGCUACGGGCCUCCCUGCUGCUGGGAGCCUGCAUUGGGGUGUCCUGGAACACAGAAGAUGGCCCACCGAGGGUCUCCAAACUCUCCACCCCGGUGCUCCUCCUCUGCCUCGUCCUCGUCACCUUCGCCCUGGCCAAGCUGCUGAUGCUGUCGGAGCAGGAGCCCCUCACCCAGCAGCCCUGGUUUCUGUGCCUCAUCUGCUGGACCUGCGUCUCCUCUCUGGUCGUGGUGCUGAUCUGGAAUCAGAUCGGGAAGAAGGAGGCAGCGAAGAGUCGAGACAGAAGCAGCAGCAGAGGAACAGGAUGUGAGGACACCGAGAAGCUGGUGGGCAAAGCUGAGGAAGAGGAGCAGGAGGUGGGGUGUGAGAGGAGGAGGAGGAAGGAGGAAGAGGAGGAGAAGAUGAACAGUGGAUCUGGGGCGACACUUGGACGUCUGCUGACCUACUGCAGGAAGGACGGAGGGCUGCUGUCGGUCGCCGUCCUCUUCCUCCUGGUCUCCGCUGUGUGUGAGGCCUUCAUACCCUUCUACUAUGGGAAAGCGAUCGACAGCAUCGUGGUGCACCAGAGCAUGGAGUACUUUGCUAAACCUGUGAUCACUCUGUCAGCGCUCGCUUUAGUUAGCUCUCUUGCAAUGGGAGUACGUGGAGGAGUCUUCACGCUGAUGUUUGGAAAAUUAAACCUUCGUCUCAGGAACCAUCUCUUCAGGACGCUGAUGAGGCAGGAAAUCGCCUUUUUUGAUGAAAACCAUACAGGGGACAUUAUUUCCCGUCUGUCGGCGGACACCACGCAAGUGAGCGACCUGAUCUCGCAGAAUAUCAACGUGUUCCUGCGGAGCGUCGUUAAGGGCGUCGGCUUCUUCAUCUUCAUGUUCGGGAUGUCCUGGAAGCUCACGAUGGUCACCAUCAUGGGAUUCCCCUUCAUCGCUGUCAUCUCCAAGCUUUAUGGAGAUUACUACAAGAAAUUGACCAAAGAGGUGCAAACGACCCUUGCAGAGGCGAAUAAAGUUGCAGAGGAAACUAUUUCGGCGAUGAGGACGGUUCGCAGCUUCGCUAACGAGGAGGGGGAGGCCGACUCGUACCUCAGCAAACUCCUGGUCAUGUUCCAGCUCAACAAAAAACAAGCGCUGGCCUACGCUGGAUACAUGUGGUCAAGCUGUGUCUCGGAGCUUGCUUUAGAGGUCGCUGUCCUCUACUACGGCGGGCAUCUUGUGGUCACCGGGCAGAUGAGCAGCGGCUCUUUGAUAUCGUUUUUUAUAUACAUGCUGGAACUGGGCGAAUGUCUCGAGAGCGUUGCCUCGGUGUACACGGGGCUCAUGCAGGGAGUCGGGGCGGCAGAAAAAGUGUUUGAGUAUCUGGACCGGGAACCCAAACACCGGGCUGACGGCGCCGAGGCUCCGGACACUUGCUUGGGUCUGGUGGAGUUCAAGGACAUCACGUUUGCCUACCCGACACGCCCCGACACCGAUAUUCUCAAGGGAGUGUCGUUUACGCUGCGUCCUGGGGAGGUGACGGCCGUCGUGGGGCCCUCGGGCAGCGGGAAGAGCUCCUGCGUGAGUCUGCUGGAAAACUUCUACCGUCCUCAGAGAGGAGAGGUCCUGCUGGAUGGGAAACCUGUUCACACAUAUCAGCACGAAUACCUCCACUCCAAGAUCGGUCUGGUGGGCCAGGAGCCGGUGCUGUUUGCGCGGACUGUGGAGGAGAACAUCACCUAUGGUCUCACUGACGUCCCAAUGGAGGCCGUGGUGCAGGCCGCCACCAAGGCCAACGCUCAUGAGUUCAUCAGCAGCCUCCCGACAGGCUACGAGACGAGUGUUGGAGAGAAAGGCACCCAGCUGUCGGGGGGGCAGAAACAAAGGGUGGCCAUUGCAAGAGCGCUCGUCAGAAAACCUCGAGUCCUCAUCCUGGACGAGGCCACGAGCGCCCUGGACGCAGACAGCGAACACAUCGUCCAAUCGGCUCUGAGCAGCAUCAUGCAGGACCACACGGUGCUGGUGAUCGCCCACCGGCUCAGCACGGUGGAGAAGGCGGACAACAUCAUCGUCAUCGACAGGGGCCGCGUGGCCGAACAGGGGUCCCACAGCCGGCUGAUGGCCAGCGAGGGGCUUUACUACAAGCUGGUGCAGCGGCAAGUGCUGGGCAUCGAGACGGGGGCCGAGGUCCUCAACCCCCCGCAAAACCUCAGCUGGAAAUCUGACGGCGGACGGCGGAGGAGGCAGAGCAGCAGCAGCAGCAGCGAGGCGGAGCAGAAUAUGCGCUACUGAGAUUAAACUGCAGGUUUUAUGGUGAAUAUGGAUAUGUAGGGAUUCAAACCAGCAAAAGGAGAAGCAAAGCGAGUACAAAGACACAGAAAAUUCACCAGGAAGACAGAAGGAUAAAGAAAAGAUGCAAUAUUACCACAAAGAGACACAGAAUGGCCGCACACAUUACACUUACUUUUCUGUUACACAUACCCAAGCUUCUUCAAAAAGAGAGGAAAUCUACAAAGAGCAAGGAUGUAAUGCAAGGAGAUUCAAAAGAACUACAGAAAGAAACGUAAUGACUUCAAAGACACCAGAACGACAGCCACACAACUGCUAUAAGAAAGAGCUAAACUACCACAAAGAGACGCUAAUACCACAAAGGGAAACAAUGGUAUUGAUGGGAAUUGAGGAAUUGAAACCUCAUGUACUGGAGAGGAAGUUUGUGCAGAUACACGUUAAGUUUAACCACCAUCAUGCAAAUAGACGACAUCCUGCAGCUAAAUGUGCACCACAGGACACUGAAAACACUCGACUGAAAUCCAGGAUCUUUAUUAUCACUGAACACAUGGCAUUCUGCUAUACAAUGUACACUUUAAUACAGAAAAGUUAUUCAAAGUGACUUCAGAGAGAAACAAAAUACAUGAUUCAAAGAGACACUAAAGGGAGACACAGAGACACUAAACUACGGACAAAUAAACAACAAGAAAUGGAGCAAAAUCAGAACAAAGAGGUUUAGAAAUGUACAAUUUAUUCAAUAACCCACCUCUAUUUAAUGUGAAACCUGAUCAUGUCUGAAGCCUGUCCUGUGAAACCCGCAGAGCAGCACCAUGGAGUUUAAAUAAAGUUGAAUGUAUUAAAACAUAUCAGAGAGAAGCUGGAACUAAAACUUGAAUGCACUUUAUAUAUCAGCUUUAUGUUGCCGGUGUCUUACUGUUUGAGGUCUGUGAACGUGUCAUCGUCUCACUCCUGAAUGAUAAAUGAUUGCUUUGUUUGUGCUUUUUAUGUUUUUAUUCUCUGUUCAAUUACAUAAUAACUGUUUAAAUAAUGUAAUCCCACAAAUAAGCUGCAAAAUCAGGUGCCUUUGAGAUCUGUGGUGGUGUGUGGUGAUGAGGAACAAUGACAGACUGUAGAGAUGAAGUGACUCUGUGAACUGCUGUCAAUAAAUACAUAUAUUCAUUAAA